AUGGGUGCUCCGGCGGGCGACAGUGCCAUGGCGCCCGUGGCACCGCCAGUGCAGGGUGAUGGCGGCGGGCCGGCCCAGGCGGAAGGGCGUGUGCCUCUCGCAGUGCGUGCCGCUUCUGGGGAGCCAACAGCCAGGCUGAUCACACGUCAGCUGUCGUCUAUUCCUUCCCUGAAGCGCAACAGCCUGGGACUGGCAGUGCUGGACUCUGGGGCGGACGCAUCCAGCCUGAAGCACAUCUCCUCCAAGGAUGACCUAGACCAGGCCUUCCGCAAGCGCGAGGUGGCUGUGGCCGCGCUCAAGGCGAAGAUGAGCAAGGAUUGGUCGCCAGAGUACCGGCCGCACAGCAUUGUGCCACCCACCAUUGCCAAGGGCGACCGCCUGCGCAAGACGUUCAUGGUGUCCGCGCCCAUGAUUUUUAAGGACGUGCCUGUGGCGCGCAAGACCAAGAUUGUGUGCACCAUGGGGCCCGGCUGCUGGUCGGAGGAGAACUUGGGGGCGCUCAUGGACGCGGGCAUGAACGUGGCGCGCUUCAACUUCAGCCACGGGGAGCACGCCGGCCACAAGGAGGUGCUGGACCGGGUGCGCAGGGUGGCCGAGGCCAAGGGCAGGCACCUGGGCUACGCGCUUGACACCAAGGGCCCGGAAAUCCGGACUGCCAUGCUGAGGGGCGGCAAGGACAUCAUGCUCGAGGAGGGCCAGGACAUCAAGGUGGUGGCUGUGGGCGCGGACUACACCAAGUUCGAGGGCUUCAAAGACGAGGCCACAGGCGAGACCGUCAUCGGCCUCAGCUACGCCUCACUCUGCCAGCACGUCAAGCCAGGCAACUUUAUCCUGCUGUCAGACGGCACCAUCACCAUCCAGGUGACGGAGAUCCUGGGAGACAACGAGCUCAAGGGCAAGGUGCUGACUAGCCACAAGCUGGGGCAGCGCAAGAACUGCAACCUGCCUGGCGUGAUGGUGGACCUGCCCGUGCUGGGGGAGAAGGAUGUGGACGACGUGCAGGCCUUCGCCUGCAAGCACGACAUGGACUUCAUAUUUGCAUCCUUUGUGCAGAAGGCCGAGGAUGUGAGGUUCAUCCGAAAGGUCCUGACAGCCGCGGGCGGCGCCCACAUCAAGAUUAUAUCCAAGAUCGAGAGCCAGACGGGUGUCCUCAACUUUGACAGCAUCCUGGCCGAGACUGAUGGUGGGCGGCGCCUGCCUGAGUGCCUGGCGGUUGGCUGGGUGCUUUCGGCCAGAUAUGACUACCCAUAUGUUGGGGUGUCUGGCAAUGCGCAGGCCUUCGUGUGA